GUUUUCAGUCAAACAGACACCUACCGAGCAACAGCCAGAGACACGGUGUUCACCAUAAAUCCAGGUUUUUAGUCGCAGCAGCAUGAGCCGGGCCGUCGUGGGCCGCUUCUGUGCUUAUUGUCGGAGCUGAGGAGGACUUGCUGCUGUUGAAUCUGUCACAGCUCAGUCAGGAAGGAAGCAACUGCACUGAAAACCUGCACACCUGACGGAGACCAUUUUUCAUUUUACUGCUCUUUUAUUUCACCGCCUUUUUUGGAAAUGAGAGGGACGUUGGUGCUGCUGCAUGUCUUGUCAUGCUGCUGGCUGGUCAGCGGCACACUUUCAAAAACUGACGCAAAGAAGUCGCACAAAGCUGAGACUGAGACAUCUCCAGCUGAACAGUCAGUGCUGGACAGAGGCCUGGUGGUGUCAAACCUGCAGUGGAAGGACAUAGUGAAGGAGGAAAAGAGACACUGUGCCCACAUUAAGAAAACAUUUCAAGGUCCAGUGCUUGGAUAUGUCACACCUUGGAAUUCCCACGGCUAUGAUAUUGCUAAGACGUUUGGCUCCAAACUAACAUCAGUGUCUCCAGUGUGGCUUCAGCUCCGCCGACGAGGACCUGAAACCUUUGACGUUACGGGACUCCACGAUCAUGACCCAGGCUGGGUCAAAGCUGUUCGCAAGUCUAACAAAAAGUCAGGAUGGGUGAUGCCUCGGCUGUUAUUUGACGGCUGGUCCUACCAGGAUUAUAUGAGCGUGCUGGGAAGUGAGGAUGAAAUUGAGGAGCUGGGAGGUGAGCUGGUGGAUGUUGCAAAGACUGAAGGUUUCGAUGGCUUCACCUUGGAGCUGUGGAGCCAGCUGGGAGGCAACAAAAGAAAGGAACUGGUCCAUUUGGUGAAACACAUAUGUGAGAUUUUAAAAGCUAAAAGACUGGACUGCAUUCUUGUUAUUCCACCUGCUGUGACAAGUACGGGGCAGCCGGGUAUGUUUGGCAGGGAGGAGUUUGAGCAGUUGGCUCCGGCCGUCGAUGGAUUCAGCCUCAUGACAUACGACUACUCCAGCGGUUCCAGACCAGGCCCGAGCUCUCCCCUGCCCUGGGUGAGAGACUGUGUUCUCCAACUUGCCCCAAACCCUCAGUGGAGGCAAAAGAUCUUAAUUGGUCUCAAUUUGUAUGGCCUUGAUUUUGCAAGUCAAGGAACAGAGCCGAUUCUUGGCGGAAGGUACAUCGAGAUUUUGCGAGAACACAGGCCAAAACUGGUGUGGGAUGAAUAUUCUGCUGAACAUUAUUUCAACUACAAGAGGAACAAUGCGGUGAAGCAUGUGGUGUACUAUCCGUCACUGAAGUCAAUCUACCAAAGGAUCUCUUUAGCUACUGAGCUGGGAACAGGAAUUUCCUUAUGGGAAUUAGGACAAGGACUGGAUUAUUUUUAUGAUCUUCUCUGAGAGAUGGACUUGUUGGGGAAGAUAAUGGAGCUUGGAUUUUUCUUUUUCACAGAACUCGGUGGUGUAUGCAGGUUAUUGUUUUUUUCUUUGUCUCUCUGAGAAAUCAAAAUGAACUCUGAAAUGAGCCAUGGAUGGGGUUUGGUUAAUACACAACUUGUUUGAGGGUCAUGAAUGUUGAGAAAUUGUGUCUACAUGUACGAAACAGAGGUUUACUGAUUUAAAAGGUUCUUGGAGCAAACAGAAGGUACUUCAGUGCAUUUUAUUUCUUCUCAUUGUGGAAAAAAACGUACAGUUCAAUCAGAGUGCAGUAGCACAUCUGCAUUCAGCAACAAAAAGGUGCAUGAUCGUCAUCAAUGUGUAUAAAUUUUAAAUGAAGGGGUUUGUUUGUGUUCGGAGGAGCUUGUGUGCGACAGACACCGGCAGCAUCUGUUCAGUGCUAAACUCGAAAUCAUCUCUGCUCCUGGAACCAGCUGUGCUCGUUGAAAAGAUUCAUCCAUCAUCAAGAAUACAUCUGCUCCUGGAAAAAGUGUGCUCAUUUUUUCUAAUAUUCAAAUCAAGACAUUCAACUGUGUGGCUUUUAUUCGUUUUAUAAUAACAACAUUGACAAGUAAUGAAGUUGUAUUUGCAGUUUUGCCAAACAUCUGCUCUGACCCAGCAUCUUCCAAUAUUUGUUCAAGAUAAGUGUUUGUUUACUUACAUGAAUAUAAAUGUGGGACAACUAAGCUGUUGAAA